AUGGUGAAAAGAAAGCUGGGGGCCUUGGAAAAGGUUGAGGCUGAUCUGCCCAAUCUGCAGCACAAAAUUCGUCGUGAUCCCAAAUCCUACAUUGAGGAUUUCCGUGCCCAGCACUACCAAUAUGAAUCGCAUCGUGAAAUUUUCAUGUCCGCGCCCACGUCGGCCACCGAUACCGGUAUCAUCUCACUGCGAGACCUGAUUGACUUCAUUACCCAUGUCGCCGAUUGUUAUCCCGAGAUUCUCAAAGACUUCCCUCAGCAACUGAUUGAUAUGCUCAUGCAGCACCACUUGGUGCUGGAACCCGAGCUGAGGGAAAAGCUGGUAGGAAGUAUCGUUCUUCUACGCAAGAAGGACUGCCUGGACUCUUCAACACUCCUCCACACCUUGUUCCCGAUUCUUAUUUCUACGCCUAGCAAGACUCUGCGCGCCCUGCUGUUCCAGAAAAUUUUGUCUGAGCUGCGUACUUCCAACUCGAAAACCACCAAUCACAAGUUGAACCGUGUCAUGCAGACCGUUCUCUUCAACUUGGUCACAUCAGACCGCACAUCCUCCAAGGCGCUCUGGGCGAUUAAGCUGACUCGAGAGCUAUGGAAGCGCCAAAUCUGGACAGACUCCAAGACGGUUGAAAUUAUGAAGGAAGCUAGCUUGUCGGAGAACGAGAAAGUCAUCAUUGGUGGAGUACGCUUCUUCCUUGGCGGAGACAAGGAGCGUGAAGAGAUGGAAGAUGAGAGCAGUGACGAAGAGGUCGAUGUUGCUCGCAUCAGGCAUCAACUUGGCAUUAACAAGAAGACUAAGAAGAAGGCCCGUGUCGCUCAUAAGGCCAUGAGUGCCCACAAGAAGAAGGAGAAGAAGAAGAAUCAGCCGCAUCCGCUCAACUUCUCGGCGCUCCACCUGCUGCACGAUCCCCAAGGCUUCGCGGAGAACCUGUUCGCUAAGCAUUUGCAGAACGGCAGGUCUAAGCUCAAGUUGGAACAAAAACUCGCCGUUCUGCAGUUGGUAUCCCGACUGGUAGGCUUGCACAAGUUGCACAUCAUGUCGCUUUACUCGUACUUCCAGAAAUUCCUUACCCCCCGCCAGCCCUCGGUUACUUCGUUCUUGGCAUCACUGGCCCAGGCAUCUCACGAUCUUGUGCCCCCAGAUGUUCUCGAGCCCCUUAUUCAGAAGAUCGCCAACGAGUUCGUUUCUGAGGCGUCUGCUGGUGAGGUAGCUACCGCUGGUCUCAAUGCCAUUCGAGAGAUCUGUGUUCGACAGCCUCUGGCAAUGAACGAAACCUUGCUCCAGGAUCUUGUCAUGUACAAGAAGAGUAAGGACAAGGGUGUGAUGAUGGCUUCGAAGGGUUUGUUGAGUCUAUUCCGUGAUGUUGGUGCUCAGAUGCUUAAGAAGCGUGACCGCGGUAAGGAGGCCGCCAUGGGUCUUCGUUCCGGUGAUAAGGAACAGAGACGUUUCGGUCAAACUGAGGCUGGAGAGAUCGAGGGUCUUGAACUCCUUGAGAAAUGGAAGGAGGAGGAGCGUCGCAAGAAGCGACUUGAAAAGGGCCUUGCAUCCGAUGCUGAAGAUGACGAUGAGGACGACGAAGGAGAUAACUGGGAUGCUUGGAAUGUCGAGGAUGAUGAUGACAGCAGUGUUGACGGCGAGUGGAUUAAUGUCGAGAGUGAUCAUGAAAUCGAUAUCAGUGACUCGGAAGAUGAGGGCAAGGACCGACCUUCCAAGAAGGCCAAGCAGGAUGCCGAAAAGGCCGAGGAGAAGGUCGAGGAGGCUAAGAAGGAUGAUGCUCCUCAGCAGUCGGCUUUCUCGAAGCUGGCAACUACCCGCAUUCUUACCCCAGCUGAUUUGGCCAAGCUUGCCGAGCUUCGUGCCCAGGCGUCCCUUGAGGCUGCUGUUUCUGGCAACAAGCGCCGUCCCGGACAGCUUCCCCAAUCGCGUCAUACCGACGACCCCCUGACAGCUGAGGAGAUCGAAGGUCUUGCAGCCCUGUCCGCUGCUAAGCUCACUCGUGAUGAGAAGAUUGCCCACGCCAAGGAGGGUAAGACCGAUCGGGCCGACCACAAGAGCAAGGAAGCCAAGCGGAGAGAACGCAAGGAGGAGCUAGGAAAGAGUACCACCAACAAGGAGAAGGCUCGCAAGAAGAACUUCCUCAUGACGCUGGGUAAGGCGAGAAGCAAGAACAAGCGCAGUCUGGUGGAGACUCGAGCUGUGUUGAAGGCUCACCAUGACCGCAAGAAGCGCGGUGGAAAGAGAGGAAAUCUGGGUAAUUAA